CACUUUCAAGUCCUUCCACACCCAGAGAGCAACUUCUGAAGAACUGCUUGCCAGUACUAUCUCCACCUAAGAGAUUUUUCUAGUAAAAACUUAAAUAAUACUGAAAGCAUUGAAGAAUUAUGAAAAUCACAUUUUUCUUCGCUGCACUGUUCUUUUUGGAUCUCCUCGCUUGCUGUCACGGUUAUCCACAACAUCCCUUGCCUGACAUAGAAGAUGCAAAGUUCAUUGAAGACUGUGUGAGAGCUCACAACAAGUUUCGAUCCAAAGUGAAUCCACCAGCCAGCAAUAUGUUUCACAUGUCCUGGGAUGCUGCUUUAGCUAAGACUGCCAAAGCGUGGGCAAAGAAGUGCAAGUUUAAGCACAAUAUCUACCUUAAAGUGCGGGGCAAGACGCACCCCACUUUUACUCCUGUUGGAGAAAACAUCUGGACCGGCACAGCCACCAUCUUCUCUGUGGGUGAAGCUCUCGAGGACUGGUUUAAUGAAGUCGAAAGCUACAAUUUCAACACCAAUCAGUGUACUGACAUGUGUGGUCACUACACCCAGGUCGUUUGGGCAGAGAGUUACAAAGUUGGCUGCGCAGUUCACUUCUGCAAUACAGUUGAAAAUUUUCCAGGGCUCUUCCGAGCAGCACAUUUUGUUUGCAACUAUGGGCCAGCGGGGAAUUACCCAAGAAAACCAUAUAAAGCAGGACGACCAUGCAGUGGAUGCAGUAAUGAGAAAUGCGUAGACAAGCUCUGUGAAAAUCCAGAACGUGAGAAGCUAAUAAAUUAUGCCUCCUGGUAUCCAGACUGGGACACACAGCCCCAGCCACCACGGCCCCGUCCCCCCAGGCCUCCUGCGCCGCCGUACAUCCCACCUGCUGAGCAGCCACAUCCCUCUUGCGACCAGUACUGUAUUACUGUUUUAAUUUUAAGGCCACUCUUUUUGGUACUGAGUGCUGGUGCUGUUCUUUUAGUACAACAGCGGUUUCCACACACAUUUUUUUAUGAGUAAUGAACAAUUAAGAUACUGAUAGCGAUCGUACUGCUGUAUUACUCUCAGAGAAUUGCACACAUCUGCAAAAACACUCAGUCUUCUCUCCAUUAUCCUUGUGAUGUUUAUCCAGCAUAGAAAAGGCUGCUUCUUCACUCAAGGCAGGAUAAAAGUGGUUGUGCAUGGAGUUAGUGUAAUUUAUUGGCAGUAGCUGCAAUGUGCUUCUAUGUCAGCACAA